AUGGCGCCCACACCAAACAUUGUACACCUUCCUAAUGGGCACAAUCUGACUGUUACCCCCGUGUUUGGUGGAUACUUCUUCAAGUCGAAUGAGCUCAACAUUCAUACCAACGUGUUUCCUGCAGGUUGGACCGUCAUCAUCCAAUCCGAAGAUUUCUCGGACAACCAGAAUGAGGAGGACGCGGCAAACCUUGAGCUCUCUGGCAUGCCAAAAGAGAAAAAACGGCACAUACAUCCGUUCAGACAGCCUACUUUGAGUAACGACAAACUUUUCAUUUCUUCCAUAUCAAAUCCGUCUAGCAGUGACUUCAAGGCGCCUACGAGCCCAACUCGGCAGAUUGCAAUGAUGCUGUGGGCUUCUUUGUAUUGGUAUUUCCAUCUCCAAGCACCUUCUCCGUACCUCAAAACCGAAGCAUCAAAAAAUACGCCUCAGACUGGGAGGCCAAGAGGAGAGUGGCGAAUCAACAUUAAGCCAGAAGGGGUCUUGAGAGGUCGAAAUUUGAUUCAGAAGCUGGAGAGGAUGGGCUUGGUCACAUCAGAAGACUCAAGGGUGGGCCUGGGUCCCGGGGAGGAUGCAGCAGAAGGAUGGUCCGAGAUGUUCACUUCGAGGCGGAGUUUUUGGCAAUUAUCUGCCAAGCUGUUCUUGUUCACUUUGACGCCAGUGGGUGGCGCGAGUACAACGGCAUCGCCAUACAGCAGUCGACCAAGCUCUCCCAUCCCAGGCGGUCCCGGGAUCCUCUCUCCGGGUAUGAAAGACGCAGGAGAAUCGGGCGCGGGUCUAUGUUCGCUACCGGCCUCAGGGCCCUUUGCGUCAGCAAGCCAUUUACCAACAUACUUCCCACCCCCACCACUUCAGUACACUCUUACUUCUGGGAUUCGACAUCCAAUGCGUCCGAAACCUCCACGCCAGGGCGAGAUCUUCUAUACUCGAUAUAUUACGAGCGUAGGCCAGUAUCUCUCAUUCAGGACUGCAUCUCUGUCUCCCAAGCCAGUUCCAUAUAACGGACCUAAAACAUCAUUGGCCCCUCCGAAGAAUGUUUCAUCCGGGUCCAUUUCACCACUCCCUGCACAUCUUUCGAACUAUCCCGUUCCAGAUCUCGCGCCCACUCCUCCAUCGGAGAUCAUAGAUACAACUCUCAUGACCGACCUCCAGCUUCUGAACAAAUGGAUGAACAUAGACCGUGUCUCUAAAUUCUGGGGGUGUGCAGGGCCUCCCGAGACUCAAGAGUCAUUUCUCAAGGGGAACCUGACGUCGAAUCAUUCGUUUCCUGCCAUUGGAAUGUGGGAUGGCAAACCAUUCGGCUAUUUCGAGAUCUACUGGGUGAAAGAGGACAUCCUAGGUAAACAUCUUGGCGAUCGUGCUGCAGAUUAUGAUCGUGGUAUACACGUCCUUGUCGGAGAAGAUGAAUUUCGAGGAAAGCUUCGAGUAAAUGCUUGGCUCUCGUCACUAGCCCAUUGGUCCUUCGUCCAGGAUUACAGGACCAAUGCCGUUGUUCUCGAGCCGCGGGUUGACAAUGAGCGGUUCAUCUCGCUCCUCAACAAUGCGGGAUUCUUGAAAGAGGGGGAAGUCACAUUCCCGCACAAACAAAGUGCGUUCGUGAAAUUACGAAGAGAGAAUUUUGAGGCUCCCUUUUUGUGA